AUGAGUCCUCAGCUCUUGGCAGGGUUCUGUCUCAAAGUGUCCCUGUUGUCUCUCCUACUCAGCAUCUGCCAACUCAGUUAUGCCCUUCCUCAACCUUCCAGUCUAUACGGAUGGGCAUCCGCCGCUGGUGACGAUGAAACGUCCGCAGUAGCUCCUCUUCGAGGUAGCUCAGCACUUCUAGGUGUUGUUCAGGGUGAAGUGAAUACCCAAAACAGCGCCACGGUCCCUGAAUCUGAAAUCGAACUUGCCCCCGGGCAGACCGCCGAUGCAGAUAUAGGAAUCCCUUUCUCCUUCAAGAACACCCCGCACCCCCAGCCCAUCCGAGGUGACCUAGGAUCAACAGCCGCCGGCCCUCGUACAUACGCCUACGACCGCCUGAACCCGAGCACUUUUGCACCACCAGGAUCAGAUAGUGGUGAUGUGUCACAAGGCAAAUGGCCCCUCGGUCUCUCGCACAACCGCAUCCUUCCAGGACACUCCGGCUGGUCUCGGCAAGAGAACACAGAUGUUCUUCCCAGCGCAACAGCUAUGGCUGGAGUGGAUAUGAAGUUGGCACCCUGGGCAUACCGCGAGUUACACUGGCAUCAAGCAAGUGAGUGGAGUAUCGUCUUGAACGGAAGUGUCCGCGUGCAGGCAAUGGACGAGGAUGGUCAAACGUUCACAGAUGAUGUCACUGCGGGUGAUGUUUGGUUCUUCCCACCCGGUGUACCUCACUCGCUUCAAGCACUGGAAGAAGGUUCGGAGUUCAUGCUUGUCUUCGAUCAGGGAGAUUUCAGCGAUGGUGGUACAGGGCUGAUCACUGAGAUGUUCCUGCGUAACCCGAAAGAAGUUCUUUCGAAAAACUUCCAGGCUCCUUUGUCGGACUUUGAUGAUCUUCCACAAGAUCAAUUGUACAUUUUCAACGGCACGCCCGCUCCACAGGAUGUCGAGGAACAAACUAUCUCCGGACCUGGCGGUACCAUAUCGGGCAACCAGAGCUAUACGUACCAUUUGUCCAAGCAAGAGGCAUACGAGACACCCGGUGGAAGCAUCAAGAUCAUCGAUCCCGUGAGCUUCCCAAUCGCGAAAAUGUUUAGCGCGGCGCUCGUGACAAUUAAGCCAGGCGCCAUGCGGGAGAUUCACUGGCACGGCACCAGUGAUGAAUGGGGCUUUUUCCUCGCUGGGAACGCACGCGUCAGCGUCUACGAAGCGCCAACCUCCGGAGCAACCGUUGAUUUCUCCGCAGGAGAUAUCUCAUACGUGAAAGCUACAGCUUCGCACUACAUUGAGAAUACCGGUGAUGAGGAUGUUGUCUUUCUUGAAAUGCUUCAGGCAACUCGAUUCUCUGAUAUCUCGGUCGGUCAAUGGUUGAAGCUCACUCCAAAACAGAUCAUCAAGGAUACAUUGCAUGUCCCAGAUAGUCUGUUGGAUAACCUUUCUCCCAAUAAGCAGUAUGUUGUGCAAGGAAAUCAAAACUUGACUGCUCUUUCGGGUGGAUCUGGCAUUGCGUGA